AUGAAACGAAAUCGCCUUCGCUUUGCAGCAACAACAACAGCAGCCCUCCUUUUCAUUUUGAAUGUACCAGCACAAGAAAAUGAUGUCGUACAAUUACCGAGCACGGCAUCUGGCAUCAGCAUUCCACCAUACUCCCACGGCAUAGCGCUUGAGAUGGGUCAUUGGAACAAUGUCUUUAGCACUUGGAACGACAAACAAAGUGUCACUUUUUUACAACUCUUGCGUAAUUUGCAUGAUCGACGUGGUGCAUUGAUGAUCCGGCUUGGCGGUAAUAGUCAAGAUGCUGUGCAGCUGGAUGAAUCGAUUAACACACCGGUUGCCAAAACGGGUGAACAAGCUGUACGUACCAACAGUGGUGCCACCACUUACAAUAUCAAGGUGAAUAGCCAAAUGUUUCGUGCCAUGCGACAAUUAAGCGAAGUGGUGGGUGGACUCAAAUGGAUGUUUGGUCUCAAUUUCGAGCAUGCCAAUGAUAUGCAAAGUGCACAGCAGCUGGGUCGAUUGGCUGUCAACAUCCUUGGUGGCAGCACAAGCAACAAUAGCUAUGAUAAUGUGCUCUACGCAUUGCAAAUUGGCAACGAACCAGAUCUCUACGCAAAACAUGGUAUGCGAUCUCCCGAUUGGGGUGUAGCCGACUACACGGGCGAAUGGCUUGAUUGGGCACAUCAGCUGUCAAACGAAUUUGGAACAUCACAAUACCGACCCGAUUUGUUCUCAGGUGGGGUUGUGUGUUGUACAUGGCAAUUACAAGAUUUGCUCGAUAGUGGCUACUUUGAUAGUGCCAAGCACAUGCUGAAUUCCAUUACGGUGCAACGCUACAGCUCGAAUGCAUGCUUUGGUGUGGCCAAAGGUACGGUGAACGAUUACUUGAGCCAUGAUUGGAUCACGUCCUUGGCACGUGAUGCGUAUGAGAAACCCAUCCAGCGAAUAGUGGAGGAAGGCAAGCAAGUCAUCAUGGGUGAAACCAAUACAGCCGCAUGUGGUGGUAUCCAGGGCAUCUCCGAUACCUAUGUUUCGACAUUGUGGUGGGUGGAUUGGCAGCUAUUCUUGUACUCCAUUGGAUUCUCCUCCAUUCAAUUACAACUCGGUGGCAACAAUGCCCAUUAUAAUCCCAUGUCCAAAGUAGGCGGUUCAUGGGUCGCCAAUCCUGUGUACUAUGGCUCUCUCGUUACAGCUGAAGCCCUUGGCCCAAGUGAUUCGGGAGCACGUGUUGUCCAUGUCACCUCCAUUGAAGAUCAAAAAGUCGUCUAUGCCAUUUUCCACCAUGAUAGCCUUGCCUAUACCGUAUUGAUCAACCUCGAUGCUGAUAAUGAUGCUUCCAUCCCCUUGCAACAUCCUUGGAAAUCCAAAACGCUCUAUGCAAAACGCUUAGUUGCCAAUAGCAUCAAUGAGCGACAUGAUAUUCAUUGGGCUGGGCAAACGCUAAAAGGCGCAGUCGAUGGCAUGUUCAAGGGCGAUAUCCAUAUCGAUUCGAUUGAGUGCUCUGAUGAAGAAAAUUGCGCCAUCCAUGUGCCAAAAGCAUCCGUUGCCCUGGUCGGACCCCACUUCCCCAAUAUCACCGAAACUUCUGUUGUCGAUAAUCCAUAUGACAUUGGGGAGCUGCUCAAUGGCACCGCUUCAUCGAAUUCUACUACAUACAAUAGCAACAAUCCAUCUUCAUCAAGUGGCAAAAACAACAACCCACUCCAUGUUCCACAAAGUCAUGCCACAAGCAGCCAUCAUCAAAUGGCCUAUUUUGUUACAGCAUGGAUGGCCAUUUUGCUUGCUGUAGUACAUCAUAUCGUUUUGUAA